ACUCUACACCCUUUUUUUUUCUACUUUCUUCUGCUCCAGCGUUCUCCAGCGUCUAACAAAGCUCAGAGCAGAGGGCAUGCCAUAAAAUGGCAUCAAAGUCCAAAGGAAAGUCCGCUGGGGACAAGAAAAAAAGUACCCGCGCAACGUUGGACCCUCUUCUUCCGUCCGCUUCUGGUCCUAGCAAGAUGGAACUGGUCUCAAAAGCAAUAUUCGCUCCUUUCACUCAUAAGAAAUCAGAAUCAUCCAGAAUUCUGUCAGAUUUGGCCCCCGUUAUCAUGACACCGAGAAUGAUGACAGCUGCUGCUACCGUCUCGUCCAAACCACGUGCAAUAGAAAGCUCGAGUGCUAAUAGACCGCGUAUGGAUUUUGCGACUCUUGGGCGUGCGCCCAUGCGUAUGUCGCUGGGCGGUCGGCGCAUCACUUCGCGCGACCUCCAGAUAGUCGAGGCCACAGAAGAACUCUUAGACGCGGAAGUUCCUGAACCAGAGGGCGUUGCAUCGAAUGUGAGUUUACUCCGCGGCUUUAACGCAACCAUCCCGAGUGCGGAGAAAAGUCGCACUCGGAGGAGGCAGAUGCGGAAUGUGGACACUCCAAGAAUUGGUCUGAAGAAGCUUGGGAUGAGUGCGAGAGGCCUUCUGAUGGAUGAAGAAGAGGAUGAGGAUGAAGGACGCAGUGUAGCAAGUGAGGAAGAUGUCGUCGUUGUUACGAAGGCACAUGAGCGGAAUAAGAGGAAAGGGAAAAGACGGGGUAGGGAGAGUCUCAGUGCUUCGAAGACUCUUGGGAAGGAAGAAUUGACCAGGCAGACUAAAGAAAUCAUGCGAGAUAAAGAGAAUCUACAUGUUCGAAGGAGUUUGAUCAAUAGCGACAUAGCAGAAAUCACUAGCAAAAUUAAAGCCUUAGAUACCAUCAGACAAAAGCUUGAACAGGAUCUGCUCAAACUCCAAGAAGACGAGCUAGAAUUGGAUGAUGAAUUGGAAGGGGUCAAGGAACGACUAGAAUUUGAGCAAUCUUCGGGUAGGCUCCAAAAUAAGUCCGACGUGAGCGCUGCAGUACCUCCACACGCAGCACCUUCGCGUCGACGCAAAGGUCCUGUUUUCCUGCCCUCGGAGCAUGAUGAGCUUCCUCCGGGAGUUGCCUUCAUGACUCUCGAUAAUCACACCAUGCCAAUAGCAGCUUUAGAUUUUUCAGAGCCCUACGGCACGCUUGUGAGCGCUGCGCAAGAAGAUUCUCAGCCCUGUGUUUGGGAUCUUAUGACUGGAGCUGAGGUUGGCCGCUUGCGUGGCCAUCGUGGGCCAGUAAAGGUCCUUCAAGUAGAGGACCACGUGUGUCUCACUGGUGGCGCAGAUGGCGUAGUGCGGUUGUGGGAUCUGCGCCGAGUAGAUGGAGGCUGGGGUCAGGGCGAGAUGGUCAGCUUGAGCGAUGUUGCAGAAGAGGAUGAGUCAAGGAGUUACGAUGGCGAGAUCAUUGAAAAGCCAAAUGGGAUCAGAUCCAACGAGCCAAGUAUAUCAGAGCCCAUGGGGCCGUGUGUUAGGUUGUUCGAAGGACACAGUAAAGCCGUUACUGCCCUAUACUUCGAAGACGAGUGUUUGGUAACUGGCGCUUCGGAUAAGACUCUCCGACAGUGGGAUCUGACCACUGGUCAAUGCAUCAUGACAAUGGAUAUUCUCUGGGCGAUAUCACAUGCUCCAAGCACCGCUGUUGGCAGUGCUCUCCCUAACCACCUCUUCUCGGGCGCAGCGGCAGCGGCAGGAUCCUUUGCAGUACCAACACCCCCAUACGCGGAUGGUAGCUGGGAAAUGUACCAGGACUUUGUUGGUGGUGUUCAAUUCUGGGGAUACGGGUUGGUAAGUGGAAGUGGAGAUGGCGCCGUGAGGAUGUGGGAUAUGCGAACUGGGCAAGCGCAUCGGACUUUGCUUGGACAUACCUCGCCCGUGACCUGCUUGCAGUUUGACGAAAUCCAUAUUGUCAGUGGCAGUCUUGAUAAAUCCAUAAGGAUUUGGGACGUCCGAACUGGCGGAACGUUUGAGACGCUCAGGUAUGACCACGGUAUCACUUCGCUCCAGUUUGAUACGCGGAAAGUCGUCGCUGCAACUGGCAAAAAUGGUGUUGAUAUAUAUAAUCGUACAAGUAUGCAGCAUUCAACGCUCCUAACAAAUGGGCACACGAGUCCUGUCGAGCGCCUACGGUACAUGGAUCGAUAUCUUGUAUCAGGUGGACGGGACUGUGCUCUGAAGAUAUGGUCUCUGUGAGGUAUCUGUCUUUGGCUUAGGGCAAGUAGAAUCUACAACUAGAUCACAUUCACUCGCAUCAAGGACCUUCUUUCAUUCAUCACAGCUCUAAAGAUUUCGCAACAAUUAUAUAUGUAACUUAGUCUGCCAUUAAACACCGCGUGGGCAUCGACUGACAUUUGUUUCCUUACGACAUGAAAUUGCGCACGCUGUUU